UGUCAAAUCCAAGGGUGGAAAAAAUUGCGAGCAAAAAUUGUGCAUUAUUUUUAAAAAACUUUUACUGUAAAGUGUUAUAAGAUUCAAAAAGAAGAAAGAUCAUUGUGCAGGGCGUUCUUGUGAUCACAAAGGAAAUAGCAAACUGUAUAAAUGCCGUGAUAAAAGAGUGUCAACAUGAGCAAAAUGUCGAAGAAUAAAUUAAACUUGACCCUCCCACCGGGGUCUAUUGACACGGCCCCGGCUGUAACGCCGUCCAAUAUGACCCCGCAGCUGAAAUCCGCUACAGCUUCUGAGCGGCAGGGUCUAGCAGGCAAGUCUAAAACAAGCAUCGAAGCCCUUACUGAGAGGCUUGAACAAAUAGAAAUGGAUGACACCCAGAGACGUAGGAUAGAGGUGUUCCUGUGUCAGAAAGAGAAGAUUGGGGAGCUCAGUGAUGAUGAUUUUGAGAAACUAGGCGAAUUAGGUCAAGGAAAUGGUGGAGUAGUAAUGAAGGUACGCCACAAGUCCACCGGGCUCAUAAUGGCCAGAAAGCUCAUACACCUAGAAGUGAAGCCAGCCAUCAAGAAACAGAUUAUAAGAGAGCUGAAGGUGCUUCACGAAUGCAAUUUUGCUCAUAUUGUCGGCUUCUAUGGAGCUUUCUAUAGUGAUGGGGAAAUUUCUAUUUGCAUGGAGUAUAUGGACGGAGGCUCCUUAGAUUUAAUAUUGAAAAAGGCUGGAAGGAUUCCUGAAUCAAUUUUAGGAACAAUAACAUCAGCGGUCCUUAAAGGGCUGAGUUAUUUGCGCGACAAACAUGCGAUCAUGCAUCGCGACGUCAAACCGUCCAACAUACUCGUCAACAGUAACGGAGAGAUCAAGAUAUGUGACUUCGGCGUCUCGGGACAACUUAUAGACUCCAUGGCCAACUCGUUUGUUGGCACUAGGAGUUAUAUGUCGCCCGAGCGCUUGCAAGGCACGCACUAUUCGGUGCAGUCGGACAUCUGGUCGCUGGGCCUCUCGCUGGUUGAGAUGGCUAUCGGCAUGUACCCCAUCCCGCCGCCUGACGCCAACACAUUGGCGGCUAUAUUUGGCGGCAGUAACGAGGACCAUUCGCCGGGACAGGCACCGAACUCCCCACGUCCGAUGGCGAUAUUCGAACUCCUCGACUACAUAGUUAACGAGCCGCCGCCCAAACUGCCGUCGGGAAUCUUCUCCGACGACUUCAAGGACUUCGUCGACCGUUGCUUGAAGAAGAACCCCGACGAAAGAGCCGACUUGAAAACGCUUAUGAACCACUCGUGGAUCCGCGGUGCAGAGGCAGAGCGCGUGGACAUCGCGGGCUGGGUGUGCAAGACCAUGGACCUCAUGCCUUCCACGCCUAACUCCAAUGUGUCUCCUUUUUCUUCAUAAGCUGCAAGAAGUGCAUACUUUCAUCAGCGAAAAAGGGUCAAAACAUUUCCCAAGAGAGAGCAGGCGAUACAAUCAGUGAGGACGCAGGCGCGGAGGAGUAGCGCACACCGCGGGACCGGAACAGUAUGUCAACUCUAGAUACCAUUCACAUCGACCACUCACCACACACUUGCCUGUUACCCUGAUACCCGUACCGGAGAGACGUGAUAGUAUAUCCUAAAAAUAUGCUCAAAGUACAAGAUAUGCAGUCCAAACAUAAAAAAAUAAUACGAAAAAACAAUUGAAAAUAUCCUUUAUUUAUUAAAAGUUCUCAAUAUAUUGCAAAUAAAAGAUCUGAUUGACGCUAGAGGUCGACGAACAUUUCGUAAAUAGGUCCUCGAAGUAAAUGCCGCGUCGUAGGUGGGACAUUGACCCGAGUUUUGCACGCUAUACAAUGCGGGUUUGAAAAAUACUAAAUCAUUAAAACUAUAAGAUAAGGCAAUUUAGAUUUACCGCGCAUUUUAAUUUUUACUGACUCCGCUUACUUGCGAAUUACAAUCGACAGGAGCGGAUGUUCGUUGGAAUGUCUUGUUACUAUGAAACGCCGCAUCGAGUAGAAUAUUUAUAUCGCUGGCAUUUAUAGCAAAAACAAGUAGAAAUUAACUUGUUCUUGGAGUUGAAACACGCGAAACGUGCUUGUGAUGGACCCCGGACGGGUUUGGAAUUAGUCAGGAUAAUAACUCCGAUAAAAAUUUUGUACAUUUAUACUUUAUGCAAAUAUUUAUAAGACAUUUUCCUUCAAACUCCCUUAACCUUAGGUUGUAUUUUAACAAUUUACAACCACAUGGCUUUCUCACUAGUAAACUAUCAAAAUAGCAAGCAAGUGAGCAAUAAGUUUUUAUGGACACGGACAGCAUAUCUUGUACUUUAAUGAUUAUAAUGUUAUGAUUGUAUUAUGUAUGAUCUUUAGAUGUAAAUGAUGUAAUGAUACCAUAACUGAGCCUAAAUCAGAGUAUUUCCGGUUUGAAUCUGUAUUUGCUUACGCCAAAUACUGAAAAUCAUCUUUUGAGUUACAAUUUCGGCUAUACAGCAAACGCCAAAAUGACUAAGAUGGUGCUUUUUUUUCAGUAUUCGACCGUUAGUUUGAAUACAUACUAUAGUUCUUUUUGUAUUGUUUAAAGUAAUACAUUAAUUUUAUUAUGUAAAUGGUAAUUCUACCACAGUAUGAUUUAUUUGAGCGUAAGAAAAGUGCUCUUCGAAUAAUUGUAUAUUUGUUAGACAGUAAAAUAUUGAAUUUUGUUGGCGGUUUAACCAUAUUUAUUUAUAUACUAAAUAAUACUAUACGAAAUCACGUCUCUUGUAAAACAUUAUACCUAUAGCAUUGUAAAACGGCAACAAUCCUUUGGGAAAUAAGCGAUUAAAUGGAAAAAAUAAUUUAAUUUUAGAAAUUGGCUAAUUAAUAAUUAUUAAGAUUUUCGUAGUGGUACAGAAAACAUUUUUGGGAACGAUUAUUGACAGCGCACAUCUGUGAUAUUUCCGAGUCAUAUAUGGUAAUGACGUCAUGAAAUUUCAAAGAUGGUGUCUAAUGUCAUAUGAUAGAAUAUGGGGGCGUGAGUAAAACAUAGUGCAUUCAGGGGCGAACUAAUCGAGGGGGUUUCGAUGACAACUAAUCGAUUAAUGGUCAAGUAGAGUUGAUUUCACUAGUCGCAAGUCGAAAAAAAAAAUGUUAGUAGUGUUUUGACAUAUUUUUCUUUGCUGAAAGUGCGUAAUUCAUGUCAGCUGAUACUUGUUAUUUGAAUAGAUGGAUGCGUACGCAUUCGAGUGUUGGAAUACUCAAAUGGCCGAGCGUCUCGGGCAUGGGAGCGUUGCAACCCUCCAAAGAAUCAUAUAGUAACCUGUAAAAUAGAGAACAUUUUUUAGAAUACACGAGAAAAAAAGAAAAAGGGAAAAAAUAAAUUCGUAGAUAUCGGUUCUUUAUUCUUAUAUUGACGUGAUGCACUUAUCCGUUUUGGUUUGUUGUUUUAUCCCGCUUUGUUUUAGUAAACCCGCCUUUUACCUUACCAUUGCACUUAGAUUAGGCAUUUGUACCGCAACCAGUGAUGUGACAGCGAUUUCCUUUACGAUUUGGCAAAUAAAUAAAAAGUCAUAAUAAUGAUUUCCAAUAUUCAUAACUAGCUGAUGCCCGCGACUUCGUUCGCUCUUUGAUUGUACGGGAUAAAAAGUAGCCUAUGUGCUAAUCCAGGGUAUAAUCUAUCUCCAUUCUAAACAGCCCAAUCCAUCUAGUAGUUUUUGCGUGAAGGAGUAACAAACACACACACACACACAUACACACAAACUUUCGCGUUUAUAAUAUUAGUGUGAUAGUGUCAUGAAUUCAAGGCUUUUUCUAGUAGUAUUUUUUUAAACUUAUAAAAGCAACACAUAUGGGAAAAAUAUUUUUCAAAAGCCCCAAAAGAACCUCACACGCGUAAAACCAGGUGUUCGAUUACGGUAAAGUGACAGAUGCAGUUUGACAAUCGCAAUCACCUCUGGCGACACUCUCUCGCUAUUGGCUUAGAUACAUUGUUGAAGAAAAAAUACUAAAAAAUCUGCCAAUCACAGCAAUCGAGAUUGUAGCAAUGAUUGAUGCAGCUUUUUCGUAAUCGACUUGCAAUGCUGUUACAGAAAAAUGUUAUUUCUAUAUGUUUAUAAAAAUAUUCUUUUAAUUAGUCGCUAAUAGUUACCGUAACCGUAAUCGCAAUCGCAUCACUUAAUCGCACUGAACGAGUGAAUGAGAACGAAUUAAAUAAAACCGAUCGAUCGAUUUAAUCUUAGCGCUUCCAUACAACGCUGUGGUUCCAAUGUUAAUCGUAUUUAUAAUGCACUUUAUCCCCUCGUAUUUAGGAUGUUUUUCGCUUGGUGGUCGCUAUUGUUUGCCCGGUCUUCCUUAGAGCGUUAGUGUUUUUUGUGAUAUUUUGUAUUAUGCAUGCUAGUUUGUGAAGUGUUUUGGCUUUUCACUGUGCAUUUAAUAAAUCUUUAAACGUGAUGAUUGUAAGUAUUUAUAUUAUUAUAAUAAGUUUUACUUUAUCGAUGUAUUGUGAUAGAAUUUUUGUCUAUUCUAUUAUAAAGAUGGAGGUGUUGAGUUGGAAAAAUGUUUAAGGGAAGUGUCCACUAGCGAAACUGGCAGUUACAGACCGUUUACUUAACUUGUCCCUUGUCGUUUUGGCAACAUUUCAGUUCACACAAAAAACCCUGAGUUCAGCAAACAAAGCAAUGGUGCCAACAUGACGGCAUGAACGGUCUGUUUGCCACGACGCGCAGCAACGAGCUGUGCAGUGCCGCUCUAGUGCGGCAUGGACCAUACAAAAUGAUUGAAGAAUAUUUUUUUACGCUUUGUGCCGCACACAGUUGACAAGAGACAAGUUAUAGUAAACGGUCUGAAAGUCAGCUGUGUAAGUAACACAGCUAGGUUUCUGCAAGUUUUGCGUAGUAAAUCACUACACGAUCAAUCUACCUAAAGCCCCUGAUCAUGACGCCCGAAAUUAAAAUUCAGUUAUCUGUCAUAAGUAGGUAAUUAAACAACGUUAUUUGUCGAAAAUGUGUAAAUGAAUUUCAGACGUUUUUGUCAGUUUGAUCGUGUAUUGGGUGCCAUACAUCGCGGCGCGGUCUGCGUUAAAUGUGAGCAUGCUUUAAAGGCUGAAACAAACACAACGCGGGACAGAAACCGUCAGAAGACGUCACUGAACCCGUGCUGAUGUGUAUAUUUCAGCCUUGAUAGUCUAUGCAAGUAUUGUAUGAUGAAUAAAGACAUACUAUUAGAUUAGAACACUGAUAUUUGAAUGGAUGUAUAUGAGUUAUAUUUAAAAAAGAUCAUUUUUGAUAUAAUUUGUAUGUAAGCAUAGUCAGAUUUUUUUCACGGACGAUUUUAUAUACUAAAUAUGAAUGAUUAGUACAUAAUAGAUAAUUAUUUUGACAGUCGAUUCGUAACAUUUAUACCUACUGUGAUCGAAUAAUCUAGACAUUUUUUUCCUAUAUCUAUUUUGGAAAGGAAAGUAACGUUAAGACAGACUUUGGAAUGAACGCAUCAUUUGCUAAAUGAUACAGUUUUUAAGCACAUUUUGAUAUUUAAUUUAAGUUUUUAAUUAUAACCUAUUUGUAUUAUCAAAAUCAUCGGCGAAGAGCGUCUUAUUAAGGCUCAUUUACACGUUUCGCUAAGAAUAAACGGUGGCGUAGGUUCCGAAAAUAGGCCAAGUAGGUACAUUGUACCCUGGCCUUGGCUUAUAUUAUAAUUUUUUGCACAUAUUUGAGGUAAUCGAAAUUAGCUACUUGAAGUUGUAUGUAUAGUCUGUUCACUUACAUAGUGCCGCUUCACCCGCAGGUUAUUAUUUUGCUUUAAUUUUAUUAUCUUUUACCGUUUGUUAAACAAAUAAUUUCUAUUAUAAGAAUACUAUAUUAUUCAUAUGGUUAUUGUAAAAAAAAUACCAAUUUAAAUAAUACACAAUAAUAAAAUACUGUGUUAGUGAACAGACUUUAUUAGGGUACAUGAGGAACAUCCUCUUUUUAGUUAUUUCGUUGUUAGAACGAACUUGUUAAAUCAAAAUCAAAGAAAUCGUGUGCUUAUUUGUUUUUGCAUCGAUUUCGCUUUAUCGUUGAGCUUAAUAGAAUCAUUCUCAAAUAGAAAGAAAUCGAUACAAAAAGUAGUAUGGUAUGCCAUUUCUUGAAAACUAAGGAUAAUGGUACUAAUUUGGCAGUACACAAAACAUAAAAUGCCAGGAGUAAAAGUAAUUCCUCCUUUGUCUUUUGAAAAUAUUGUGAACAGAUAGGUUUUACUUGUAGUCAACAGGUAAUCUUAAGUUUUGAGUGUUUACUAAUUAAGGCUCAAUACACAUUGGGACAGACUCGAAGCUAAGCAAAAUAACUAUUCUAAAAUGUUACAAAGUAAACUGAACUGUACUUUUAGAACGUAAUGUAACAGUCUGAAACAAAUCGGAAAAGAGGUGUGAAUCUGCGUUGAGUUGUUUUUAUUUGUAAAAUAUGUUCCUCACAAAUAUUUUGUCUAGUUUAUUGUAUAAAUUGCAUAGUUUAAAUAGGGUCCAGUUUGCCUUGAAACAUUUUAGAAAAGACUUCGCGACGCUUCGGCUUUCCCGCAAUGAGCCUUGAGCCUAAAAUACUUAGUAUGACCACUGUGUUACGGCAUGUGUAUGUCUUGCUAUUUAUGAAAUUAGUGAAUAAAAAAUAUUUUAAAAGUGACACAGGCCAUUGUUAUUAUAGAACUUGUGAGACACGAUAAAUAAAACACCAAUUUAGAUACUAUUUUCAUAAGAUUGUAACUAAUUAUUUUGUUAAGUUCCAAUCUAAAACCACUUAAAACAGUUGGCGACAACGUUUGUAGAUUUCGAAUCGAAACAUCGAAAUGCAGUAGACGUAUUGCGGUGACUUUAGAUGGCUAGAGUAUGGACGAAUUCCAGCCUUAAACAAGGCAGUUUAAGUUCAUUUUAUUUUGACUGUACAGUGCUUCGAAAUUCGAAAUAUCUAUCAACGUUGUCGAGGUGAACUCGUUCUAAUCUCUAUAUGUGCUUCUCAUUUAGAUCAUGUAAUUUGCACAGUUAAAAUUAAUAUAUAAAGACGCAUCCAUAUUAUUAUAGUUUUUUUACAAAUCUCAUUCGAUUAGUAUGAAACUGACUAAAGUUUAUCAAUAAAUCAUUGAUUUCGGAUCGAAUAUUAUCGAAAGAUGCAGGAACCAUUUUACAUUAGCUUUCUUACAUUUUGUGCAAGCGAACUGUGCAAUUAUAAUUUGCUUUUAAAUGUGCGGGCUAUCUGUAUUUUUAAAAAAUUUUAAAUUUACGAGUCGUGUAAUCUUUUUUUAAAUUACAAUUAUUUUUACAAAAACACGUUUUGGCCUAGCUUCGUAAUUUUAAUAUCUACUUGUGUCAAUGUUUUCUAUUGUACUGAAGAGUUGUCUACCAAAUUUUCUAUUUCAGCUGUUGUAAAGGUUCAUUUUGAUUAAAGUUGUCUAACCUUCAUCAUAUUUUGUUAAAAUUAGAAG